AUGCCUCUGAACGGCCAGAAUGUCCUCUUGGUGCGCUGCCCAGAGCUUUACUUUGCCACAGGUGCCUCGAUGGGGAUCGGCGAGGCCAUUGCACGAUCACUUGCAAAAGAGGGUGCCAAUUUGAUUCUCUUAUCACGAUCCGAAGACAAAUUGUCCAAUCUAAAAGACCAGUUGGUCAAGCAGCAUCCCCAGAUCAAAGUCAUCUAUCGAGCUGCAGACGUGGGAAACCAUGAAAAAGUAGACACGGCCAUUCAGAGCGCGAUUGAAGAAUUGGGCCAUAUUGACAUUCUCGUUAACAAUGCUGGUCUUGCUCUUGGCGCUCCAAACGCCUUCCAUGAUCUAAAAAUCAACGAUAUCCAAACCAUGAUCUCAACCAACAUCAACGGACCCAUGUUCGUCACUCACUCCGUACUGAAUCGAAGCAUGAUCAGUCGGAAUUCAGGGACAAUUCUCAACAUCACCUCCGUGACGGGGCUCGAAGUCCCGCCGUUCCCUGGCGAAGCAGUCUAUCAUUCUACUAAGGCGGGCCAGGAAGCCUUUACGAAUGCCCUGCGGAAUGAGCUUGUUGGGACGGAUAUCAGAGUUCUUGCUCUACGACCUGGUUGUGUGGCGACGCAUUUCCAUUCUUUGCGGGUGGGACAUGAUCGGCAGAUGUAUGAUGAAUUCUUUGAGGGAUAUGAUCCGUUGGUCGCGGGAGAUGUUGCAGAUGCGGCUGUUUACAUGUUGAAUCAGCCUCUGAACAUUUCAAUCAAGGCCCUCGAUGUGGUUGCAUCAGCGCAACGAUCUCUAGCUAUUAUUGAUCGGAAAUGGAACGAGCGUCACAACAGUUGA